AUGUUCAGAAUGAAUAUAGCGAACCUCUUGUAUGUUCUUCCUUUUCCUAGGUUUGGACACCCAAUUGGAGUUUGUCAUCUUUUUUCAAGCAUUGAAGAUUAUUGCAAAGAAGCUCAUUCAAGCUCUGUUCAGUUUGAUGCAUCUAAGAAUGAUCUGGAAUCAUUAACACAUUAUGGUCAGAUGGAUAUGGAGAUUUAUGCCAUUGAUAAAGUAUCACUUCUGGUAAUCCCGUACUUUUGCACCAACGUUGCUCGUCGCUUCUCAUGGGGUCUCGGGAUGAGAUUCUCCGCCAAAUCCGAUCUAUCCACCGGGAACAUGGUUCACGCCUCUUACCUACUCACCUCCGGCGACCUCAGAUUCCUUUUCACUGCUCCUUACUCUCCGUCUCUCACCGCCGGAGAAAUUAAACCGACCGCUACAGCUUCCAUCCCAAGCUUCGAUCACGUCUCUUCCCGCUCCUUCUUCUCUUCGCAUGGUCUCGGCGUAAGAGCUGUUGCGAUUGAAGUAGAAGACGCUGAGUCAGCUUUCUCCGUAAGUGUCUCUAACGGCGCUAUUCCUUCGUCGCCUCCUAUGGUCCUCGAUGGAGGAGCCGUUACGAUCGCUGAGGUUAAACUAUACGGCGAUGUCGUUCUCAGAUAUGUCAGUUACAAAGAGGAUAAAUCCGAAUUCUUGCCAGGAUUUGAGCCUGUGGAGGAUACGUCGUCGUUUCCAGUGGAUUACGGUUUACGGCGGCUUGACCACGCCGUGGGAAACGUUCCAGAGCUUGGUCCAGCUUUGACUUACAUUGCAGGGUUCACUGGCUUUCACCAAUUCGCUGAGUUCACAGCAGACGAUGUUGGAACAGCAGAGAGCGGUUUAAACUCAGCUGUGCUAGCUAGCAAUGAUGAAAUGGUUCUUCUACCGAUUAACGAGCCGGUUCACGGGACCAAGAGGAAGAGUCAGAUUCAGACUUAUCUGGAACACAACGAAGGAGCAGGGCUACAGCAUCUGGCUUUAAUGAGUGAAGACAUAUUCAGGACUCUGAGAGAGAUNGCUGAGUCAGCUUUCUCCGUAAGUGUCUCUAACGGCGCUAUUCCUUCGUCGCCUCCUAUGGUCCUCGAUGGAGGAGCCGUUACGAUCGCUGAGGUUAAACUAUACGGCGAUGUCGUUCUCAGAUAUGUCAGUUACAAAGAGGAUAAAUCCGAAUUCUUGCCAGGAUUUGAGCCUGUGGAGGAUACGUCGUCGUUUCCAGUGGAUUACGGUUUACGGCGGCUUGACCACGCCGUGGGAAACGUUCCAGAGCUUGGUCCAGCUUUGACUUACAUUGCAGGGUUCACUGGCUUUCACCAAUUCGCUGAGUUCACAGCAGACGAUGUUGGAACAGCAGAGAGCGGUUUAAACUCACGAUAG